CCGUGACGUCAUCGCGGCGCGACGGCCCGCGGUGCUCGGCGCGGAAGGCGGUGAGCUGGUCAUAAUGGCUGGUGAGGAGAUCAAUGGCGACUACCCAGUGGAAAUCCAUGAGUGCUUAUCCACGUUUGAGAGCGCCGUCGGGGCGGUAGGCGACAUGCUGAACACCACGAUGUCUGCUUCUAGAAGUGAGCUGCUGCAGAAGUUGGAUCCACUUGAACAAGCAAAGGUGGAUUUGGUUUCUGCGUACACAUUAAAUUCAAUGUUUUGGGUUUAUUUGGCAACUCAAGGAGUGAAUCCUAAGGAACAUCCAGUGAAGCAGGAAUUGGAAAGGAUCAGAGUGUACAUGAACAAAGUGAAAGAGAUAACGGACAAAAGGAAGGCUGCCAAGCUGGACAGAGGCGCUGCUGCACGAUUUGUGAAAAAUGCUCUCUGGGAGCCCAAACCAAAAAAUGCAUCGAAAGUUGCUAAAAGAAAAAAAUAAAAAUUAACCUUUUGGUUUUGAGUUUAUCAUUUUUAUCAGCUUCACCAAGUGGAUGAUCAUGUAUAAAAUGUAUUCCUUGUUGAAGUCACAUAUAAACUUACAUUGUUUCAAAUGCUGAUUUUUUUUAAAAAAGAGAUUUUUGGUUUUCUUAAAGUUUUUGAUGUUGUAAGAUACCUUAUAUUUGUAAUUUACCAUUUCUCUCUCUGUCUUUGUUUUUUCCGAGGUAGGGUUUCACUGUAGCCCCACUGACCUGGAACUCACUCUGUAGUCCCAGGCUGCUCUUGAACAAUCCUUUUAGCUCUGUGACUAAAGGCGUGUGCCACCACGCCUGACUACCUGACUACCAUCUCUUUUGAUAAGACACUUAAUAUAGGUCAAUCCUGAAAGUACCAUUGUAAGCAAUUGUGAAAUUGAAAUACUCUUUAUACACAUUUGUAGAAUAAUGAUCAUAUGAAAUAUGCUGUGUAUAGGCCAAAGUUAUAAGUUCAUUAAUUUUAACCAAUUUGUUUUAAGAAUGUUUAAGAAUGUUUUAAGAAUACCUACUUCUCUCCUAUGUAGUUAGUUCAACUUGUUUCCAUGAUUUUAGGAGUUAGUCAAAAUGUGAAAUUAAAAUUUAAGAUUAUACUUAGUUCUUGGCAUGUUGCUUCAAUGUCCUGUUUAAAAUUACAUUCUCAUUAACAUUUGAUGGGAAGUAAGGUUGUACGUUGAUGGCAGAAUUUUUGUCUGAUACUCUUAAUAAAGGUAACAGUGUGUAGCUGACUUAUUUAUUUACUCUUGUGACUAAAUACACCUUCUGGAUUAGGAAGGUGAGUUUCAGAAGUCCUACAUGGUAGAGAAAUUAAUGAGUUUUGUUUGUUCUCUUGGUCUUCUUUUUUUUUGAUUUUUUAUUAUAUAUUUUCUAGGCUGUAUCAUGUAUUUAUAAGUGUUUCAAACCAACUUUUGUUGUCACACUGUGUCCCUUAAGUACAAGAGAAAUCCAAAAGAGAUUACAUUGUAUAUGUAUUUGAUUUAUUUGUUUUUGGAAUAUUUGUCUCAGUAAAUUCUGUAUAUUAAAUCAUUUUUAAAACUGUC